CCUCGAGUUUAUCUACAGCAUUCUAUUGAUAUCCAGACUGCGAUACUACGAUUGGUGAGUGAAAGAUUUCCAUAUAUAAAGCUGCCAAAAAAAAGGUUUAGUUUCUGACCCAGACGGUGCGCCUAUGCCAGUGUCAACGUUAUUCAACCGUGCUGAUGAGACUCCACGCGAGCCUAUUAGAUCACAAUGGGCCAGUCAAGAGACAAAAAGUCGCUUUUGGGCGACGUACAUGCAUGAAGCAGCUGAGCAUGAUGGACAAAUUCUCGACAAGUACAAAAGCGACAUGGAUAUCGUUCUAAUAUUCGCUGGUCUUUUUUCAGCUGUCACUACAUCCUUCAUUGUCAAUAUGCAGCAAAAUUUAGCUCCCGAUCCAACCACAGAGACCAACAUGCUUUUCAAGAAGCUAAUUCAUAUAAUUGACAAUUCAACAUUCCCAGGCAACGAUUUCGACACACCACCCUGGACUGGUCCUAGCUCCACCGAAAUAUGGGUUCAGUCGCUCAUAUAUGCAAGUCUAUCCGCGAGCCUUCUUGCAGCACUGGGAGCAAUGCUGGGCAAGCAAUGGCUCAAUCAUUUCUAACACUUUGAUCACGGAACGGUUGAUGGUCGUGGAAGGCAACGGCAACGGAAGCUUGAUGCUUUAUAUGCGUGGCAUUUCAACGCUAUUCUGGAAGGUCUUCCCGUCCUGUUGCAGCUGUCUUUGUUGU